GAAGCCAGACCAGUUUUCAGGGCUUCUCCCUUUUCUCUGUUACCUUUCCCUUUACAGUCUUUAAGAAAAGUAAACAUUAGCAGCAGUGGGAGGAGGUGGCCCCCAAAGUGUGAGUGGCACACUUCCCUGUGAGCCGCCCUCACCAUGUUCUCCGCACCGGGGGCGGUGACGUCAGGAAGGCCCUACGCGUGCAGCGAGUGCGGCAAGAGUUUCCGCUACAGCUCCGUGCUGCUGCGGCACGAGCGUGCCCACGUCGGCGACGGCAGCGUCCACUGCCUGGAGUGUGGCGAGCGCUGCGCGCGGGCUGCCGACCUCCGGGCGCACAGGCGCACGCAUGCGGGCCAGACCCUCUACAUCUGCGGCGAGUGCGGCCUGAGCUUCAGCCACAGCGGCCGCCUGGACCUACACAUGGGCAUUCAUCGGUGUCUGCGCAGCCGCACCUGCCUCUGCCGCAUAUGUGGCCGCCACCUCCCACACCUCCUGGCGCUACUAGUGCACCGGCGUCACCGACACCCGCCCGAACGGCCCCGCCGCUGCCCGCUGUGCGCCCGCGCCUUCCGACAGAGCGCGCUGGCAUUCCACCAGGCGCGGGCGCACGCCCCGGGGACACCCUCCGCCCCUGCCGACCCGCCCCACCGCUGCAAACAGUGCCCACGGGCCUUCCGCAGCAGCACAGGGCUGCGGAGUCACGCGCGUGUCCACAUGGUCCAGAGCCCCACACGCCAGCUACCCCUUGAGCCGGACACACACCAGUGUGGCGUGUGUGGCAAGAGCUUCAGCAAGAGCUCAACGCUAACGCGACACCUGCAGACGCACUCGGGGGAGAAACCCUUCAAGUGUCCAGCGUGCGGCAAGGGCUUCUUGGAGAGUGCCACGCUGGUGCGCCACCAGCGCACGCACACGGGAGAGAAGCCGUAUGCAUGCGGCGACUGCGGACGCUGCUUCAGCGAGAGCUCCACAUUACUGCGCCAUCGGCGCAGCCACCAGGGGGAGCGGCCACACGCGUGCGCCACUUGUGGCAAGGGCUUCGGGCAGCGCUCUGACCUGGUGGUGCACCAGCGCAUCCACACUGGUGAGAAGCCCUUCCCGUGCCCCGAGUGCAGCCGCCGCUUCAGCGACCGCUCGGACCUCACCAAGCACCGGCGCACGCACACGGGCGAGAAGCCCUACCGCUGUGAACUGUGCGGCAAGCGGUUCACGUGCGUGUCCAACCUCAACGUGCAUCGACGCAACCAUGCUGGCCACAAGCCACACAAAUGCCCCGAGUGUGGCAAGGCCUUCAGCGUCGCCUCCAAGCUCGCACUACAUCGCAAGACGCACCUGGGCGAGCGGCCAGCGAAGUGUGCCGAGUGUGGCAAAUGCUUCAGCCACAGCCGUUCGCUGUCCCAGCAUCAGCGGGCCCAUACACGUGCCCGUACCGCUGCUGCCGCCACCCAGGCCACAGCGGGGGCUGCCCUCGUCUUCGCUGGGCCAACUGAACAGGAAAAGCCAGGGCUCUUUAUGUCCCAGUUGAGAGAGACUUGCUGAGGCGCUUCUCUGAAGGAGGUUGGGCAAACACCCACAUCAUGCCACAGAGACGGGGAGGUGGGAUGGGGCAACUCGCAGAUGCAAGUUUGGGAA